UUCCGCUGAAGUGUCAUGGCCGCCGUGAGGAAGCUGCAGCUCUGUGCUGUUUCUCCAACAGGGAAACAUUCCGCUUCGGUUAUCUUCCUCCACGGUUCAGGUGACACUGGGCAGGGAGUCAGAGCUUGGGUCCGAGAUGUUAUGGUGCCAGAUCUGGCUUUCACCCACAUCAGAGUCAUUUACCCAACAGCUCCGGCAAGGCCAUACACACCUAUGCGAGGGGCUCUGUCUAAUGUCUGGUUUGACCGUCACAAGAUCUCGAGGGACUGUCCAGAGCAUCUAGAGUCUAUCGAUGCCAUGUGCAGCACCUUAGGGACCAUCAUUCAGGACGAAGUCAAUGCUGGAGUCCCCAAACACAGAAUGAUCAUCGGGGGAUUUUCGAUGGGAGGAGCCAUGGCUCUGCACCUGGCAUGCCGAUUCCAUCCGGAUGUAGCAGGAGUUUUUGCUCUGUCCAGCUUUCUCAACAAGGACUCAGUGGCUUUUCAGGCGGUUGAAGACCGGGCCCGAGCAGGACUGUCCCUCCCUGAGCUGUUCCAGUGUCAUGGGACCAGUGACGACCUGGUUCUCCACCAGUGGGGACAGGACACGUCUACGCUGUUGAAGAAGGUCGGCAUGUCGACCACGUUCCACUCUUUCCCUGGACUCUACCAUCAGCUGUGUCAGCCUGAGAUGGAGCUGCUGCACAGCUGGAUCUUCAGCAGACUUCCACCAAUCGCCUCCUGAUCCCAUCUACCUCCAGAUGCAUCAUCUAAAUUAUGUCACAUGUCUUCCAAUAAAUAUGUCUUGUUUUUAGGGACCGAGCCGAAAGGUGAGGGCCUCUCACUCUGUGAGUGAGUGGCCUUGCCUUGAAGGCCCUGUUGUAUUUAGUUUGUUUUUAGGCCCGAGCCGAGUAACGCCGGCGCAGGGCCUAUUGAGUCUGCAGUGGGCACAUGGGGAUGAAAAUGCUAGUGACGAGGUCGCCUUUCACCACUGUCGCCACUCUCACUCAUAUUCACAUUCACAGCAGUGAGACCUUUCUGAACAUGUACUUGUCAUGGACACAAACCACAUAUUUACACCUGCUUGGAAUGAAUGGGAGUCAGUGGGUGAUGCCCUGUCGGGGUCAGUCAUGUGAGUGUAAGUGCACGGCAUGUGACAUUGGACCCCACGGAGACGUGGGGGAUCUUGAGAGCUUUCAAAUAAAGCCAAAUAUGUGGUUG